AUGCAUCUCCCUUUCACCCCCAACCACGUCCUGCUCAUAAAUGCCUGUUACCCCGCCCCCGCCGCCCUCCUUUCCGCUGGCCCAGACUAUCGUCCGAAUUCACAAGAGCUCUCAAAACUGACGUACUAUGCGGCCAAUCGCCCGGCGAAACUUAACAAGCUCAGCAUGGAGCUAGAGAAGCGGAUUGCGGCAGACUGCAAGAGAGCACAGGCAGGCAAUGCUCGAUACAAAGCGUCUCUCUUGAUAUCAAUAUCAAUAAUGCGAGCUUUAGCCGCUGACUGUCGCCGCGAUAUUGCUCUCCUCACUCCUUCGCUACUUGCUGCUGCCGACAUGACCCUAAGUGCCAUGUCGUCUGACCUCGAAGUUUCCGCUAAAGUUGCGAGCAUGUUCACUGCGUGGACAACGUAUACUGACGGUCGACUCAUCGGGACAGACAAUGCUGUCACGAAGGACUACAUGUCAAUCCUGCAACGCUUCGCAGCACUGAGCACAACUAGCUCAAGUUCAAGCGACCAAGAGUUUAGAAAUAGAACGCGUCUGGUGGGUCUUGCCGCGCUGACGGGCGCCGUAACGUCGGAAGCCUUGUACAGUUCUACGCAGUUCGCUUCCCAAGUAUCGACAGUGGUGCCUGCCCUCAUGGUCAACAUUUUGGAAGUCGACAUCUCGACAUUAGAUAUGGAGUCUGCAGCAAUGAAGGACAAGCCAAUAUCUCCUUACCUAGACGAAUUCCGCACUCGCCCCGCAGUGGAACGGCGUGCAGCCUCAAUUCACAUACACGUCGACGGAGAAAGAGGCCCCUCUGCCAGCGAUGUCACUAGCGCCUCUCUACGAGCCUUACACUCUCUUCUCGACCAUUCCAAUGGCGCUCAAGCAAACCAUGUCAUGCAAGCCGCUCUAGACAGUCUAAACACCUUGAAUGGAUGGGACAAGAUAGAUCACUGCCGGUGGCUCGCCAGAAAAGCGGCAGAUUGGACACAAUAUCAGUAUCGCUACGCCAUCCCUACACGUUUAGUCGAACGUCUUCAAGAAAACCAGGAUGCUCAAGCUGCUACCUCUCUGCACAGCUCUCUUGCCGCCAUGGUCACCACUGUUUUCGUCUCUCCUACGCCACUCAUCAAUCUUUCCACCUCCGAUGUCAUUUCCAAUCUUAUCACCCUCGUCAUCCGGCGAGCCGCGAUUGACCCAUCAGACUCGCUUCUACCAGCGCUCACUGUGUGUAUAUCCUCCCUGGGAACACAUAUCUACUAUGUCGACCAAAUCCAUGACCUGGCGAGCGAGUUGAUUAGUCGGCUCAUCUCGAUCGAGGCCAAUGGAAUACAAGGGAGGAACGGACCCGCCAGCACCAAAGGCCGGAACCAGGCCAUUCGAUGCCUUCUUGCGGGUCUCGUCGGAUUGAUCCAAGUUCCUAGCAAGCAAGCCUCUGCUAAGGACUUGGAGACGAGGGUGUCCCCCAAACCAGACCAGUCCUCCACCGUUGCAUCCGUCAUCUCCCGAAACUCUGUCGAAGCGACAGCAAACGGCAACCCUGGUUCACCCACUACCAACGGUUCAGCCAAACCUGGCCGCCGAACGAAGGUCUCACCCGAAAUCUGGCAAGAUACCUUGAACCUCCUUUGCGAUGCGGAUUACUCCGUUCGCGCGGACUACCUUCGCGCACUCAUAUUCUACAUCAGCACCGAGAUCUCGAAACGGGGCGAAUAUACUGAUUCGGAGGGUGUGUAUCGAAUUCGGCCGCUUGCCGAGGGACCGAUACGACAGGGCGCGAAUCUCAUCGCGAUGUUGAACGGGGACUCAUCGACGAGAUUUUUGAACGCGGUGUUUGCGUACCUCUAUAUUCUGGCUACGUCGUCUGCGUUAGGCAUCCAGUCAGGAUCGUCAUCGCCGUCGCAUGGGAGCCAGAUCGUGGUGGACGAGCCGGCACAGGAGCCAAUGCUGAAUGUCGUGCCGCCUACGCCGAUGGGUUCGACUUCCAACAUGGGCGAUGCAGCCGAGAAAGACGAACUUGGGAACCAGCAGCACGGCGCCCGUCGCUCGAUAUCCAUCCAAGCUCGCGCACGGAGACAAUCCACCAUCCAGCAGAUGCUGGAACGCGUUCCCUCGCGGUUAUCUUCCUCCGCGUGCGCCACUGGAUCGGAUUAUCAGAAUAUUUUGGUCGCGCUGGUUGCAAUUGACGAGCAUUUGCCGAUGAGGGGGUUGUUGACUGCUGUGCCGUUCCUUGUGGCCUUGGACGGACUUUGCAGGACGGCAUCGAGUGAAGAUGCUGGAGUGCUUCUGCGGACGAGGGCGAUUAGGGAGGUGAUGGCUAGGGCUUGGCUUGCUAUUGGGAAGACGUGGGCUUGUGCUGAGCUUGUUAGCAUGGCAGAAGAGGCUCUGAGAACGAUGCCAAUGCCUUCACCAUUACCACCUGUAACAGAAAAGCCUCCUGGGGCCUUCACAGCUCCAGAGGCUCCAGCUGGUUUGGUUGGGACUGACGCUGCAGGUUCGGAAUCGGGGACACCCUGGUCAGGCGUCGACACAGAGGCUGCAAUAAAAGCAAUCGGCACUUGUGCGACAGUUCUAGAGGCAACGCAUCUAGACGAGGCGACGCUGUUGCGGCGACUCGCAGUACAGUGGACGCCAGAGUCUGCCAUGAAAGAAUCUACCGAGCGGCAGUCAAGCUUCGACGCUCUCCGCGGGGAAGGCGGCGCCACACGCCUCAAACUCGCUCCCGCACUGAUGCACAUCGAAAACAUGUCCCUCCAGAGCCUGACCCGUUCCACGCGCGGUGUCGGGGUCACCGACCUGCGCGACGCACUCGAAGGCCGUUCCUCGAUGUCAAACCCCGCUCUUGUCAACAGAGCACCCUCCAUCUCGACGCUGGACCACACCUCCAUGGCUCACACCCAUCACACGCAAGGCUCUAUGCCGCUCAGCAACGACGGCGGGAUGUUCCAUAAGCUGACGCCGACGAAGUCGAGAGGGACGGAGAAUGGGAUUAAGCCGAAGUUGACGACUGGGAGUCCGAGUGAGGUGAAGGAUGUGUUGAAUAGGCUGAAGAUUGGGAAGCAGGCGGGUAGUUCGAUGUUGAAGAGCUCGUUCCCGGCGUUGCAGAGGCAGGAGGGGAAGCCAUCGAACCUCGUCCCUCCGUACAAAUCGUAA